AUGUUUUCCUGCCCCCCAAACUUCCAAGAGAGGAUGAUACGGACCCCGAUAACAGAGAGCUUUCUGCUUGAGAAGCUUCUUGACGUGCUGGACAUUAUCAAAACUCACUUUCCAGGCGAUGAACUCAAGGUCAUUUGCUCCGUAGCAACUAUGGUUCGUCCUUUGAAAGACUCACAUACCACGUCCGGAUGUGUGAGCGAGGAUAGCCUUGAAGAAGCUUUGGCUCAGCUGCAGUCUGAAGGAGGGCAUGUCCUAAUCCAUGUGCGUGCCCAGAAUGUCACUCUUCUAAUGACAAACCACAACAACAAGGUCAACAUCAAGGCAUUUGAGCUCUCUCCACGCAAUGAGCCAGUGAUUAACACACUGGGCCAACUCUAA